AUGCCAUAUAGUGAACGACAAGGCUCUUUCGACGGAGAGCCCUACCUGAGACAUCAACAUUCAGCCUCCUCGGAUCGAGGACUCAUCCCAAUGUGGGACAGCUCCGAUCCCGAGCGCGCGCCGCCGCCGCUCCCCCUCAACCCUCAGUCGCCCAAGAUGGCCACGCGCACGAGCACAUCGCCGUACCCGGUGUCGAGCGCCAUCCAGUCGGCGCACGCCGCGCUGAGCGAGCGCGUCAAGGACAACCACGGCACCCAUAUGCCGCCUCCGGUGCCCAAGCGCGUCAACGACGGGUCGCCCGACAGAUCGCUCGCAAAGGGCGUCGGCCCUCACCGCAGGCUGCAGUCGAUGCAGUCGGGCUCUGUGCGAGACAUCAGUCUGAUGCUGGAGAACAACUCGCACUCCCCGAGCGUGUCGCCCACCAAGUCAUACGAGAAGCUGGAGAGGAGCACCAGACCUACCACGCCGCCGGGGCUCAGGGAGAGCUCUUCCUUCGAGACUCGUACGACUGGUAUCUACGACAAGGAGAUGAACAUGUCCGCGCCGUCCUUGUCUAGCAGCCUGACGCCUAUUGUUCGGCCAACCGUCCGUCGACCGGCACCGCAGAGCAUCCUGUCCGAGAACACGCCGCCCGUGUCGUCAACCAUGCUGGCCCUGCAGAGCAUGCCCGGCAGCUCGCCCACCAAGGAGACGGAGCCACCGCUGUCCAACAUUACGAAUGGCGCCAAGGGAGGAGCAACCAUGGACAGCCUGGCAUCGCAAAUCCUGAGCCUCACCAGCAUCGCGAGCUCCCUCCAGAAGGAAAUGGCAGCUCUCAGCCGACGCAGCAGAGACAACGCAACCGAUCUGCUUAGCCUCAAGGAGGCCACAAACACUCGAGACGAGGAUAUCAGGAAGAGUCUCAGGGACUUGCUGGGGAACAUCCAGGAUACCUCAGCCAGGAUCCAUCGGGACUCGUACAACGGCUACUUCCUCGACAACAAGCCUCAUCCGACCUCACCCAACAGUGGGCGGACGUAUCAGAUGCCCCGAAUCCCUUCACCGAAGAGCUUUGCUGAGUCUAUCGAUCGCGCUUCCAUGAGCACCCCAUCGCUUGUUGGCGGCGACAACUCGGGCGCAACCUCUAUCCUUCUUCUGGAGAAGAUCCUUCGUGGCCUGGGAACCAAGGAUGGACAAGAAUCGCUCCUCAGCCAUCUCCUUGAGCUCUCCGAGAAGCUCUCAGGCAUGGCUACCGCUGCCAAAGUGGAGGAGCUGGUUAACUUCGUCCGGGCGCAAACGGAGAGUGCCAUGGUGUCCGUCAACACAGCAGGCUUUGCCCCGGGCCACUCCCGGAGAUUCAGCCUGGAGCACAACGAGGGCCAUGUCCCUCACGGCCCUAGCAGUGCCAUUGCUCCGCGCUCGCUCAACAACUUGGACAGUUCCCGUCGAGGCCCGGCUUCCCAAGGCAUUCUCAACGACGACGUCAUCAACAUCAUCCGCUCUGUCAAGGAUAGCGUUGCGGCGAGCGGUGGCCUCACGGCAGAGGUGAAGGCACUUGUCCGAGAGCUUCGCGGUGAAGUCUUGGGCAUGGGCCGCGAGCUUGGCAAGAGGCUGGAGAACGUCGGCCGAAAUGCUGGAGACAAUGCCGAGCCAUCACCCUCGGCUAGUAAGGAUGAGGUUUCGCGGGUCAUUGACGAGGGACUUGAGCAGAUGAAGGAGCAGCUGAGCCAUGUUCUCACGGAGCAUCGUCGUCAGUCCCAGGCAUCUGCGUCUCUGCAGAAACUCACCGUUGACUACCAAGAAAUUUAUACUGCUCUCCGAAGCGCCCUCAAGGACAUCGAGGCUGCCAAGGAGAUGCCCGACUUGAGCAGAGAUGACGUGCUCGAAGCUGUCCGUGAGGCUUGGGAGAAUUACAAGCCCGAGAUUGAAGUGCAGCAGAUUGGUCUGGAGAGGGACGAGAUUCUGGAAUGCUUGAAGCAGGGCCUUCAAGAGUACCAGAGCCGCAACCAGUCGCCCCCAGCAGCUACGAGAGAUGAGGUGCUGACGGCUGUGGUCGAAGGCCUGAAGCACUACGUCCCGCCUCAGAUGGACACCCCAGCGUCCAUGUCGAGAGACGAAAUCAUUGAAGCCGUCCGCGAAUGCCUCGAGGAGUUUGAGUUUCCCGUUGCCCCAUCUGCUAUCGGCAACGAGCUGACCCGCGAGGAUAUGCUCCGCGCAGUCAAGGAGGGCCUCAACGACUUGGAUCUCGGAAAGAGCAACGCUCUGGUGCCGACUCGGAAUCAUGACGAGAUCAGCACCAAGCUCCACGAGCUGAUGGACUUUAUGAAGCUAGAGUUUAGGACACUCUCGGACGGGGCCAAGGAGAACAUGGCUGCCAGCAGCCGCGACACCGAGCAGCUCCUGGACGCUACCAAGGACGGCCUCGAGAAUCUCCGUGUCGCCAUCGAACGCUACGUUGACCGCGCUACCGGCGUGGCCAGUCAAGAAGAUUUCCUCGAGGGUCUCCUGAAGAGCAUGGAGGACUUCAAGGAGGAAAUGUCGUCGCUCGUGUCCAAAGCCAACGCGACGUCUCGAGAACAGCUUCAGACGGAGCUGGAAGGCCUUCGCGAUGUUGUCCACUCAUCCAUGGUGCCAGCCGCUCCCAUGUCGCAGCCACACAACGACGAGCUCCUUGACGCUUUGCGAAACGGCCUGAGCAACCUUCGACAGGAGAUCCUCCGACCGCGACCGGAGACUAGCGAGAUUCUGGACGCUCUCAACGAUGGCCUGAACGACAUUCGAGCCGGCAUCGACAGAAUCACCAACAAGCCAGUUGAUCUCACUGCAAACGACGAGAUUCUCGACGCUCUCAAGGAAGGCUUGGACGGCGUGAGGUCGGACAUUGGCACCAUUCGCGACUCGAGCAACGAUAGAGCUGUUGCCAUUCGCACUGUUGGCGGCGGCGAGCACGACAACGAGAUGGCGAUUAUCCCUGCUGAUAUGGCCAAGCAUGAUGAUAUCAAGAACCUCGAGAUCCUAAUCACGCAGCUGCGAGCCAAGAUUGAGGAGCUGGACCCAGCCAAAGCUUCUUCGGCUGCCGCUGCUGCUGCGGCCCCCAAGGUGGACCUGUCCCAUCUGGAGACCAUGCUUCGCGACGUCCAGAGAGGUGUCGACGAGCUCAAGUCGCGCGCGCCGGUGGUGGUUCAAUCAGCGUCAUCGGCUGGCAAGUCGGAGCACGACAAGAAGGAUGAGUCCGAGAAGCCAAAGGAAGGGGAGGACUACGUCAUGAGAAGCAUUCCCUCCAUCUUCACUAAGAGUGGCGGCAACCCCACCAAGGAAGACGUUGCUGCUAUUGAAAACAUCCUGCGCAACACAAAAGCCCGUGUUGACCAUCUGAUUGACGGUGACCAGGCAGUGCGCAGGGAGCAUAUCGACACACUGGAGUCGCUCAUCCUGGAGUCUCGAGAGGCUAUCCGAUCCGUCAACAGGCAGCUCGAAGACAUCCCCAACCUGUUCCACAAGGAUGAUUUUGCUAAACUCACGGCGAUUAUCACAUCGCUCGGCGAGGGUUUGGAAGACAUCAAGGAGCAUGCUGAGCGGGAAGCUAAGAGCCCCGAGAAGGUUAAGAAGUCAGACGUUCACGCCGUCGAGACGGUUGUGCGUGAUAUCAAGACUCUGGUGGACGGGAUUGCAGUUGCGGAUUUCGCCACGAUUACCACCCGUGAGGACCUUGGCAAGCUUGAAGCCGUCAUGAAGGAGACCAAGGAAACGUUUGACAAUUACCACGAGGCCUCGUCCAAGGCGCUCGUCGAGCGUCAGUCUGACAUUAAUGGCGUCCAUGACCGCAUAUUUGAGGUCAAGACGUUCCUCGAGGAGUUCCAGACGGAGAUUCGCAACAAGCUCGUGGAUGGCUCUACUGGCAUUGAAGGCCUCGGCCAGGCGCUCAAAGCCGUGGGCGAAAAGAUUGAAAAGAACGAGACUGUUGCCGGAGACGUCAAGGACAUGUUUGAGGUCAUGAAGAGCGAGUUUGAGAUAUCCAAGGAGGCCAUUGCCGGGUCGAGGAUCGAGUCGAACGAGAAGCUUGACGAGGUCACGCAAAACAUUCGCACCAAGAUCGACGACAAGAUUAGCGAGGUCCUGGCUAAGAGCGAGGCGCUUCGAAUUCUGAUGGAUGAAAAGUCGCAAGCCGCCGAGGCACGCGAGAUUGUGACCGAGUCCGCGGUGGCGGGCACCAAGGCCGUCGCCGACGAGUUGAAGUUGCUGAUUGAUACGCUCGGGUCAACCGUGACUGACUCCCUGGAGAAGAUGGAGGAGGCCUCUAAGAUUGUCUUCACCAAGGUGGAGGAGGUGGCUGUUCGCUCAGAGGAGACUCACAACGAAGGCAAGGCCGAUCACCAGCAGACGCGCGAUCAGAUCCAGGAAGCCGUCAGCAAGGUCCAUGGCAGCGUGAGCGAAUACCAGCCCCAGAUUCUGGAGGCAGUCAAGAGCGUGCUUGACCUCGUCGGAGACCACUUUGAGCACUCCAAGACGAUCCGGGACGAGGUAGUCGCAGCUAUCCCCACGGAGCAGACGUUCAAGGCCAUGAUGCCCGAGAAGUACGAUGACGCCGAGGUCCGCGAGAAGCUGGACAAGAUUGUGCAGCACAACGAUGCUGCAGCCCAGGCAUUGCUCCAGCUUCAGACUCUGGACAAGGUGCACCAGUCUGUCGUCGAGACUGCUGCCGAAGUAUCCGACUUUUUGUCCAAGCAGACGAAGCACAUGGUGGAUGAGCGCGAUAACCGCGCGCGGGCCCUGGAAGAGACCAACCUUGCCCUUGAGCGAGCUAGCACGGAGAGGGAGCACGUUGAGCUUUCCGUCAAGAACCUCAAGGAGGAAGAGGAGUGGCUGCGACGGAGCGUCUUGUCUCUGCGUAACGAGCAAGAGGGCUUGAUGAAGCAAAAGACUCGUCUUACGGGCGACGUCUCUGCCCUCGAGACGGCGCUGCGCCUGCGCAAGGAGGAGCUUCAGGAGAUGGAGCUCCGCGCUGAAGGCCUUGAACGACGCAUCUUCAAUGGGGUCAUGGAUCACUCUCGGGUGCUCCUUUUUGGCAAAAAGGCCAAGGGCGGCGCAGAUUCCAUGAACCGCAAGCGGGUUAAGAAACCUGCUGGCGAAGACGGCUCUUCGUCCCCACGAGGCAUCCCGAAGCAUCUCGCCGCGGCAAGGAAUCCCAUGGCGCCUGGACAGAUUGGAACUGCGCGACGUAUUGCGUCGCUCAGUCAGAUGGCGAACAAUGUGGCGUCGACACCCAUCACGAGAAGCCAUAGCGUGAAGACACCGAGUGUUAGUAUCAACGGCCAUCGGAAGCGCAGCUGGGGAGGCACGGCGCAGAAGAGCGGGCUGAGCGAGGAGCACAAGGAGAUGGAUGAGGCGGUGGAGGAGCUCGACGAGGGCGACAUGGUCAAUGUGACGCACGAGUCUGCGGUCGAUAACGCGGCAGGCGAUAGUUCUUCCGAGUAUGAGGAGGAGAUUGAUGAGGAUGACCACGAUGACGUUGAUGCUCGGGAAAGACACGAGGAGAGCGAUGGCACGCAGAGACGGCGCAUUAGCAAGGGCAGUUCUGCGUAUGAGGAUGAUGAGGAGGGUUCUGGAAGUGAGUACGAGGAGAGCAUUGAUGGCGACGAUGAGCCUCAUGCUGCUGUGGUUGUGCGAUGA